AUGAUAUUUAAAGUAUUGCCUACAGCCCUGACAUUUACCCUUUUGACGACAUUGACAAUGGCUGACAAAGUCGUUGUUGGUUAUUUUCCAAAUUGGCUAGGCGAAAAGCUUCCUGUCUCAAGUAUUGAUUUCUCAUCCUAUACCCACAUACAUUACGCAUUUGCCAUCAUGGUUUCUGGAAACGUGCCUGAAUGGACUGACCCCACUGCUAUUGAUACCCAGUUGAAUCAAUUGGUUGAAGGUGCUCAUGGUGCCAACUCAAAAGUCCUUAUUUCGAUUGGUGGCUGGUCUGGAAGCAAAACCUUUAGUCGUAUGGCCUCGACUUCUUCAUCAAGAAAGGAAUUCAUCGACUGGAAUGUAGAGCAAAUCACCAAGUAUAAGACAGACGGCGUAGAUAUUGACUGGGAGUAUCCUGGACGUCAAGGUGCCGGCUGUAAUGAUGUGGAUGAUCAAAAUGAUGUCCCCAAUCUGCUUACAUUGCUUCAGGAAUUACGUGCUGCAUUAGACAGCGCAUUUGAUACACACAAGGAGAUCUCCAUUGCAGGUUAUUCUGAAGCUUUCACGACAGGGAGUGGUACUGUCUCUAAUGACGUGACAACGGCCAUUGGUAAGGUACUCGAUCGCGUCAAUAUCAUGUCCUACGACAUCAAUGGUGCCUGGAACAGCCAAACUGGUCCCAACUCGCCGUUGGACGCUCCUGGUGGUAAUACUAGCUUUAACUCUGCUAUCGAUGCCUGGAUUUCUGCAGGUGUGCCAGCUAAUAAAUUGACUGGCGGCUUACCCUUCUAUGGCCGAUCCACUGUUGCUAGUGAGGACAUGACAAAAUCAAGCUCGCUCUAUCAAGGUCAAGAAUCAGGAGACCCUCCUAAGGGUGAUUCUGAUGACGCUGAAUGGCAAGACCCAAACUGUGCUAAAUCUCCUUCAAGUCUAUCUGGUAUCUGGAAGUUUGGUAAUUUGAUGUCUCAAGGUGUGCUUGAUACUCCUACUACUGCUAAAGCGCCUUGGGUCAGAACCUGGGAUAAGGGUUCGUCCACACCUUGGUUGUUUAAUCCCUCUACAAAAAUCUUUAUUUCGUAUGAUGACCCUUUGUCUAUCGCUGCCAAAGUUAAAUCCGCUUCAAGCAAAGGCCUCGCUGGUGUCAUGGUCUGGUCUGUUGACCAAGAUUCAAAGGGAGGCGAUUUGUUGAAAGCUAUUACUCAGAACAUCUAG